UUCAAAAUUUUGUUGUUUCGGUUUCAAAAUCAUCAAUGGAAUUGAUACUUGGAUUAUUUAUUUUCUAUUUUCAAACAAUAGUCGUAUUUAACCAAAAUGACUGGAGAAAAGAUUCUUACAACCUGACAGAACCAGAGCAAUACCCGUAUUCUGUGCUCCUCAUCAUGCUACAAGGCGGUGAAAUGGAAUGUAGGUGCACAGGUUCGAUCAUAACUGAGGAAUGGGUCUUGACAGUGGCACAUUGCCUCCGUGGGGUUGAAGAAAUCAUAGUAUACGCCGGGGGUCACUCGCUGGAGGAGUACACAAAGUUCAAAAAUGGAAGCGGUCUCUUGCCUCCUACAGCCCAGCUGCUCCGAUCCUCUAGUUUUAUCAGUCAUCCUCGAUUUGUGAGAGGAGAUUUGGAUUUUGACGUGGGGCUGAUCAAAGUGGAGGGAAAGUUCAACUUUACGCGGGCUGUGAGCACGAUACAGCUGACCACGACACCUUGGAAGGAGAGUUACCAUGGGUAUACGAAGUGUGAUUUGACGGGGUUUGGUGAUGUUCUGAUGGAAGAGAAGAACAAAGACGAUAAAUACAGGAAGACGACUCGUCUGGAUAUAAAAAGCCCUUGCCUCUGCUCGUUCAGACUUCGCAUGCGAUAUGGAUCAGAGGCGGCCAGCAGGUUCCUCUGUACCAAGCCCAAGCUGGGCUACGGCACGUGUUUAGGAGAUUCUGGCGGAGGUUUGGUCUGUGGAGGGAAGGUACGAGGAGUGUCCAUGUGGAUGGUCAGGAUAGACGACACCAAAAACUGUGGUCUGUUUUUUUAGAUGAGUUGCAAUGCGGAGGCAUGAAUACUCUCAGUGUGUUUCAAGAUAUCUGUCCAUUUCUUCCAUGGAUCAAUGAGCACACGAACGUCUUCAAUGGAACGAAAAUCUUGAAGGAAUCUAAAUAUAGUGGAUCAGCA